AUGAAGAAAAGGCCUAUUUAUUGUUUGCAUAAUCGGCUCGACUCCACGCGAUCUUGCGAACUCGACUACAGCGUCUGCCAUUGGAUGACUCGAUUUGCAUUCUAUGCUCGAGAUCCUGUCAUAAAUAUUACACACAAAAAAAAUGAAUUCAAGUCGAUAUCAUCAUCGAGCAAAGAUUUGAAAUCGGUCACGACAAAUUCUCCUCUGGUUAUAGUCCCGGUUUUGUCCAAAGCCAUAAUCUUUAUCCGAGCUAGAGUCUCGAGAUGUUCGGCUCCUUUGAAAAGCACGCCAAAAGUGGCUGCUUUUGAUAAGGCACAGAACAUAGCAACUGGAGUCGAGAGAAGGAGAGCGCACGGGCACCCGCUCACUAAAACAACGAGUGCCAAGUGGAACCAUUCUUUCUUAUUCUUCACUCGGAAAACAAAAGGCACAAUGGCUAAGAAAACCGAUACCAAGACUAUAACUUACGAUAACAGUGUUAGAGUUACCUACUAA